GGGCGCAGGAACCCUUCCUUGGGCAGUGGAAGGGACUUAGUCCUCAGCCCCAUCAUUGCCCCUUCCCCUACCGAGGGAGGCCCACGGAUGGAGGGAGGUCUGUGCCUGACGGCUGCUGAGCCGGUCCAUGCAGGCCCAUCACCCUGACCCCUCCUGCCUAGGUUUUUGCCUUUUCUCUCUGUCUUUGGCUAGCUGGGGGAGGGGGUAGAGUCCGGGUGAACAACAUGGCCCAGAGCAAGAGGCACGCGUACAAUCGGACUCCGAGUGCCAGCAGGAUGAGUGCGGAAGCAGGUGCCCGGCCCCUGCGGGUAGGCUCCCGUGUAGAAGUGAUUGGAAAAGGCCACCGAGGCACUGUGGCCUAUGUUGGAGCCACACUCUUUGCCACUGGCAAAUGGGUGGGCGUGAUCCUGGAUGAAGCAAAAGGCAAGAACGAUGGCACUGUCCAGGGAAGGAAGUAUUUCACAUGUGAUGAAGGCCAUGGCAUCUUCGUACGCCAAUCCCAGAUCCAAGUAUUUGAAGAUGGAGCAGAUACUACUUCCCCAGAGACUCCUGACUCUUCUGCUUCAAAGGUCCUCAAGAGAGAGGGAGCGGAUGCAGCUGCAAAGACCAGCAAACUGGCACCGACAGCCCGAAAGACCACAACCCGACGGCCCAAGCCUACUCGCCCAGCCAGUACGGGGGUGUCGGGGGCCAGUAGCUCCCUGGGCCCCUCUGGAUCAGCAUCAGCCGGUGAACUAAGCAGCAGUGAGCCCAGCACCCCAGCUCAGACUCCGCUGGCAGCACCCAUCAUUCCCACACCAGCCCUCACCUCUCCUGGAGCAGCACCCCCACUUCCUUCUCCCUCGAAGGAGGAGGAAGGGCUGAGGGCCCAGGUGCGGGACCUGGAGGAGAAACUGGAGACUCUGCGUCUGAAGCGGUCAGAAGACAAGGCGAAGCUGAAAGAGCUGGAGAAGCACAAGAUCCAGCUGGAGCAGGUGCAGGAAUGGAAGAGCAAAAUGCAGGAGCAGCAGGCAGACCUGCAGCGGCGCCUCAAAGAGGCGCGGAAGGAAGCCAAGGAGGCGCUGGAGGCAAAGGAGCGCUACAUGGAGGAGAUGGCAGACACAGCUGAUGCCAUUGAGAUGGCCACUCUGGACAAGGAGAUGGCUGAAGAGCGGGCUGAGUCUCUGCAGCAGGAGGUGGAGGCACUGAAGGAACGUGUGGAUGAGCUCACCACAGACUUGGAGAUCCUCAAGGCUGAGAUUGAAGAGAAAGGCUCAGACGGGGCGGCAUCCAGCUACCAGCUCAAGCAGCUAGAGGAGCAGAAUGCCCGCCUAAAGGACGCCCUGGUGAGGAUGCGAGAUCUCUCUUCCUCAGAGAAGCAGGAGCAUGUGAAGCUCCAGAAGCUCAUGGAGAAGAAGAACCAGGAGCUGGAGGUUGUGAGGCAGCAGCGGGAGCGUCUUCAGGAGGAGCUGAGCCAGGCGGAGAGCACCAUUGAUGAGCUUAAGGAGCAGGUCGACGCUGCGCUGGGUGCUGAGGAGAUGGUGGAGAUGCUGACUGACCGGAACCUGAAUCUAGAAGAGAAAGUUCGGGAACUGCGGGAGACCGUGGGGGAUUUGGAAGCAAUGAACGAGAUGAAUGAUGAGCUGCAGGAGAAUGCACGUGAGACAGAGCUGGAGCUCCGUGAGCAGCUGGACAUGGCAGGAGCCCGAGUUCGGGAGGCCCAGAAGCGUGUGGAAGCAGCCCAGGAGACAGUUGCGGACUAUCAGCAGACCAUCAAGAAGUACCGCCAGUUGACCGCACACCUGCAGGAUGUCAACCGGGAGCUGACAAACCAGCAGGAAGCGUCUGUGGAGAGACAGCAGCAGCCACCGCCCGAGACGUUCGAUUUCAAAAUCAAGUUCGCCGAGACCAAGGCUCAUGCCAAGGCCAUUGAGAUGGAGUUGAGACAGAUGGAGGUGGCCCAGGCCAACCGGCACAUGUCCCUGCUCACGGCCUUCAUGCCUGACAGCUUCCUUCGGCCAGGCGGAGACCACGACUGUGUCCUGGUGCUGCUGCUCAUGCCCCGCCUCAUAUGCAAGGCAGAGCUCAUCCGGAAGCAGGCCCAGGAGAAGUUUGACCUCAGCGAGAACUGUUCUGAGCGGCCUGGGCUCCGAGGAGCUGCUGGGGAGCAGCUGAGCUUUGCUGCGGGCCUGGUGUACUCGCUGAGUCUGCUGCAGGCCACGCUGCACCGCUAUGAGCAUGCCCUCUCCCAGUGCAACGUGGACGUGUAUAAGAAGGUGGGCAGCCUCUACCCUGAGAUGAGUGCCCACGAACGCUCCUUAGAUUUCCUCAUUGAGCUGCUGCACAAGGAUCAGCUGGACGAGACUGUCAACGUGGAGCCCCUCACCAAGGCCAUCAAGUACUACCAGCAUCUGUACAGCAUCCACCUUGCCGAACAGCCCGAGGAUUCCACCAUGCAGCUGGCUGACCACAUCAAGUUCACCCAGAGUGCCCUGGACUGUAUGGGCGUGGAGGUGGGGCGGCUGCGUGCCUUCCUGCAGGGUGGGCAGGAGGCAACAGAUAUUGCUCUUCUUCUCCGAGACCUGGAAACAUCAUGCAGUGACAUCCGCCAGUUCUGCAAGAAGAUCCGAAGGCGAAUGCCAGGGACAGAUGCUCCUGGGAUCCCAGCAGCACUGGCCUUUGGACCACAGGUAUCCGACACACUCCUCGACUGCAGGAAGCACUUGACGUGGGUGGUGGCUGUUCUGCAGGAGGUGGCGGCUGCCGCCGCCCAGCUUAUUGCCCCCCUGGCAGAGAAUGAAGGGCUCCCUGUGGCUGCGCUGGAGGAGCUGGCUUUCAAAGCCAGCGAGCAGAUCUACGGGAGCCCCUCCAGCAGCCCCUAUGAGUGUCUGCGCCAGUCAUGUACCAUCCUCAUCAGCACGAUGAACAAGCUGGCCACAGCCAUGCAGGAGGGCGAGUACGACGCAGAGCGGCCACCCAGCAAGCCUCCUCCGGUUGAACUUCGGGCUGCAGCCCUGCGGGCAGAGAUCACGGAUGCUGAAGGUCUGGGUUUGAAGCUUGAAGACCGAGAGACAGUUAUCAAGGAGUUAAAGAAGUCGCUCAAGAUUAAGGGGGAGGAGCUGAGUGAGGCCAACGUGCGGCUGAGCCUCUUGGAGAAGAAGCUGGACAGCGCUGCCAAGGAUGCAGACGAGCGCAUCGAGAAAGUCCAGACUCGGCUGGAGGAGACUCAGACCCUGCUGCGGAAGAAGGAGAAAGACUUCGAGGAGACUAUGGAUGCGCUCCAGGCUGACAUCGACCAGCUGGAGGCCGAGAAGGCCGAACUAAAGCAGCGGCUGAGCAGCCAGUCCAAGCGCACAAUUGAGGGGCUCCGGGGCCCCCCUCCCUCAGGCAUCGCUACCCUGGUCUCUGGCAUUGCUGGUGAAGAACAGCAGCGAGGGGGCACUCCUGGGCAGGCUCCCGGCGCCUUGUCAGGCCCGGGGCUGGUGAAGGACUCACCACUGCUGCUUCAGCAGAUCUCUGCCAUGAGGCUGCACAUCUCUCAGCUCCAGCAUGAGAACAGCAUCCUCAAAGGAGCCCAGAUGAAGGCGUCCUUGGCCGCUCUGCCCCCUCUGCAUGUUGCAAAGCUUUCCCUCCCACCCCACGAGGGCCCUGGUGGCGAGCUGGUGGAUGGGGCUCUGUAUCGCAAGACCAGCCAGCUGUUGGAGACGCUGAAUCAGCUGAGCACGCACACCCAUGUAGUAGACAUCACUCGAGCCAGUCCAGCUGCCAAGAGCCCAUCAGCUCAGCUUAUGGAACAAGUGAUUCAGCUCAAGUCCCUGAGCGACACCAUCGAGAGGCUCAAGGAUGAGGUCCUCAAGGAGACAGUAACUCAGCGUCCCGGAGCUACGGUCCCCACUGACUUUGCCACCUUCCCUUCAUCAGCCUUCCUCAGGGCCAAGGAGGAGCAGCAAGACGACACAGUCUACAUGGGCAAAGUGACCUUCUCGUGUGCAGCAGGCCUAGGACAGCGACACCGGCUGGUGCUGACCCAGGAGCAGCUGCACCAGCUUCACAGCCGCCUCAUCUCCUAAGCACGCCUUCCCUGCUGUCCCCUUUGACCCUCGGCCCCCUGGCACCACGGUCCAGUGCACAGCCACCUCAGCCCCUCCUAGGUUGAACCGUGGGCUAAAGCUCUCGCCUGGGUCAGCUCUGCCAGGUCUGGUCAGGGUCCUGCUGCUUCCAUAAUCUGGGUUUGCCUAUCCACCCCUGGCCUCUUCCUUAAUUUGCUGUUCAGCUGCUCCCUCUUUCCUGAGGGGCCUCAGGGUAUUGGGGGGGCAUUGGAGCAGGGGCUGAUACCCCUCCACUAAAGAUGGAGUGAGGUCGCCCUGACUGGGGACUUCACCCUUGAUUAAAGCAUCUUCUACUUCA